UGGACGUCCGAGCGAUGGCCAGGAGCGCACCCCACGAGAGGUCCAGGUACGAAAAUCUGUGUCGGAGUUUUUUGGCGUCCCCAGUGCGAUCGGGAGGCCAGCGGCAAGCGCUGCCCUCGCGCACGGCAUCGUCCUGCACAGAUUGUAUGUCCUCCCUUGUUCUUGCUCCGCCCGCCUCUUCGUCCUCCUAUCUCCCCUCUCUCUAUAUAUUUCCAUUUACUCUGUUUAGCUACCAUUGACCACUUGUGGCUUGAAGAGUCUUGAGAAGCAUUGACCAGUGAAGCUUGGCUCGCUGGGACCCGUGUUAUCGAUGUCGUUGCCUGGACAUGUACAUACAGAGACAUACGUUUUUGAAUGCGCAACCUCAGCUGGAUGGGUCUUUCUGCUGGCCUGUUGCCGAAUCGAACUGGCAGGGCGAUGCCCUGCCCGCAGGGCAGCGACGAGCAGAGGGCGAGGCCCCAGUCGGGCGACCGCUGCUGGCUUCACAAUUUUUUUGUUACUUGCGCGAGAAGGAGAAGCAAAAGCAGCAGCAGCAGCAGUGCAUAAGAGGCGCGGCCGGCGGCCGACGCCUGGCGCCCCGGCUUUGCGGGGCGCUCGCCCCGGCUUUGCGGACCGCUGCUGGCUUCACACUGGUGGAGCCCUUCGCCAAUUAAUUCUCUCAUUUUCAAGCCUUAAUUCCAUUUUCCCCUUGAGACAUCCUCGCAGCUCCGGGCUCAGAGGUCUCCUGACCCGAGGUGGUCGGGCCAGUCUCGCCUGCGACAUCUUCCUGUCUUUGGGUUCGGAGAUGCCCCGCACGAGGUGGUCCAUCCAAUUCCGUCUGAGACCUUCUCGCA